AUGUCCACCUCCGAUACUAUCAGGCAUACUUCCGGGCGAAGCACAUUCCGAGCUUUGCCCAUAUCACCCGAAGGAAUUUUUUGGGAAGAUGACUUUAUCACGUCAGAGCACGAGCAGCGACUCAUCUCUAUAUUCCAGAAUGACCUAGAAUGGCCCGAUCGUCCAGGUCGUAUAUCACUUCAUUAUGGGUAUACCUUCGAUUACAAGACUUUUGGCAUUGAUCCGGACAUUCCAUACAAAGAGUUCCCCGAUUGGCUCCAGCCGCUGAUCCCAAUGACGGAGUCACGACCUCCAGACCAAGUCUGUUUGCAAUUCUACCCUCCGGGGGCAGGCAUCCCUCCUCAUGUAGACGCGCAUGGACCCUAUGACCAACUCUAUGCGCUGUCAAUUGGGGGUCCAGCGGUGAUGCAAUUCCGCAAGGGGGAAGAACGAGUUGACAUUGACCUGGCCCCUCGAAGCAUGAUGCAAAUGACGGGAGAGUCGAGGCUUCAUUGGACUCAUGGCAUCAAAAAGCGCAAGAAUGAUACUUUGCCGGACGGGACGCAGCGGCCGCGUACGAAACGCUGGAGCUUGACAUAUCGCUGGCUUCGACCAGGGGGGGGUGUGAAUGCGGGAAUCUCGUGCACUGCGAUACCGCUCAGCGCCGGCUGGGCGUGGAAAAGGAGAAGAGAUCCGUACAGGCGCUCGCUGCUCCGAAGGAGGCUGAGAAUAACGCCUCCGAAUGAGCAAAGUUUGAUAGUACAGUCGCACUUCCGUGGUCAUCAAGCUUUGCUGUUAGGACGGCCUAGCGGGGUCCUGGCUGUGCUCUAUUUGCACAAGAGUAUGGGUUCGAGUGGAAUCACACACAUUUGGAAUGAUUGCUUGUGUGCCAUGUUAGCUAUCCGGAGCGACAGCGGGGAAUUCUUCAGUCUCAGUGAUUCGGGUUGGUUCACAACAGGGACUCGAAAGUCGCCAAUGGAUCUCUUGACUUCGAGCAAGCGUUCUCGAAGCAACGGCGCCAAGGCCGUUCUCAAAACGGAUCUUUGA